CAGAGGUGUGUCACUGUUCAAUGUGAUGGCUACAGGGAGCCUGGGAUAUAGCAAUGCCUUUAAUACCUCCACUAAUAAUCUCUCUGUGUCACUGCCCUGUGGACAAAGUUACAAUGUGACUGUUCAGGGCCAAAACCAAGACUGUGACAGUCCCCUGAGCGCCCCUGCACUUUUCAUACUCGGUACGUCUAUGCAAUCCAUGGAAAUUGUACCUUAAUCUGCUUUAGACUGUGCUCAAAGCCACAUCUUGAAACAAGAAGUUGACAUUUUACAUCCAGGCAAUAUGUCACUUCCUGUUAUGCUACUCUGACACCAUCAUGUUGUUCGAAACCUGUGUAUGACCUCUUUUCUUCUGUAGAACCGAAAAGAAGAUAUUUAAGAAAAAUGUCUGAUUGGUUUUGUGCCAAUACAAUAGAAGUUAACGGGGGACUAAGUUGUUUGGCUACCGACAUUUUUCAAAAUAUUUUCUUUUGUUUUCUGCCGGGGGAAAAAUGCCAUACAGGUUUGGAAUGACGUGGGAAUUUUCAUUUUAGGGCGAACUAUCAUGCAGAUGGUUGCAUGCAGACAUAACAUGUAUCAUUCUAGGUUGAUCUUCUCCAAUUUAAAGGGAUGUGACUUAACUUAUACCGUGUUUUCAUGCAGCCCCCUGUGCACCCCUUGACCUUGUGACAUAUGUGGAGUGUACGGACGAGACCGGUGCGGUCAGCUGGGGCUCAAGCGAUGGGGCAAACAUGUACACUGCCACAGCAACAGGUCCGGACGGGCACACACACCUGUGUGUCACUAACGAAACCAGAUGCACCUGGGAGGACUUGCACUGCGGUGAAACCUAUAACGUCACAGUUACCGCCAAUGACAGCCGCUGCACGAGCCCUCGUAGCAACACCACAUAUAUACACAUGGCCCCAUGUGUUCCUCAAGCUGUGAUGCCCACGCUGGAUUGUGAUACAGGGGUGGCCAUUCUGAACUGGGCUUCCAGCACCGGAGCUGAGACAUAUAACGUGUCGGCACAUAAUGGAGCAGGACACACACUGCAAUUCAGUACCAAUGUUACCAAUGGCUUCCUGUCAAAUCUACUCUGUGGCAAAACAUAUCUCAUCACCGUUCGCGCCCUCAACAGGCAAUGCAGCAGCGCACCGAGUUCACCUGCUGACAUGUGGUCAGUGCCAUGUGUUCCUCAGACCGUGGUGUCUGCUCUGGAUUGUGUAUCUAACUCUGCACUCGUGCAGUGGAACAUCAGCCAGGGGGCGGAGUCUUACCUGGUGGUUGCCACGGGAACCGACGGUCAAACGACUAAGUGCAACGCAACUGCUACGCAAUGCAACCUGCAAGCGCUACACUGCAGCACCUCGUACAACAUCAGCGUCAUCGCUGUAAAGCAGCAAUGCAACACGUCCAAGAGUUCAACUGUACAGACUAAGACUGCACCGUGUGUACCUGCUCACGUGCAGGGCAGUGUGGACUGCGCAUCUAAAAAUGUGUCUAUGUCCUGGAAUCAAAGCGUGGGAGCUGUUUCCUACUCAGCUGUUGCUCAGGGUGAUGCUGGCUAUGCCUCAGUGUGUAACAGCACUGGAACAGCAUGUGUUUUCUCAGACCUGCUCUGUGGGAUGAACUACAGUCUAUCCGUCAGUGCGUCUGACGGGACCUGCGUAACCGCACCAAGUCAACCGCUCGUCCUAAGUACAGUACCGUGUAAGGCACAGAAUGUUAGCGUCCAGAUGAGCUGUAGCGCAAACACUGCAGUUGUAACUUGGGAGCCAAGCGAUCGAGUCAUAAGUCACAUAGUCAGAGCCAUUGGCUCUGAUGGACAUGGCAUCAACUGCACUAGUUCCAACGACAGCUGCAUAUUAACCAGCAUGCACUGCGGUCAGAACUACAAUGUGACCGUCGCCGCUCUGGAUGGGGCUUGUGACAGCAGCAACGUACUCAUUGUUCUGCAAUCAGGUGGUGUUAUCCAAAUAAACUUCUUUCUACUGUCUUUCUUAGCUCCAUGUGCACCCAGCAACAUACUUUCAUCUUUGAUUUGCACAACUCAAAAUUACGGGGUUGUGUCCGUGUCCUGGGGGCAAGCAAAUGGGGGGCAGUCAUACGUGGCAGGGGCCGUUUCCGCUGAUGGUCAUUCCUCCUCUUGUAACUCAAGCACCACCUCCUGUGAUCUGCAAGGAUUGCAUUGUGGUCAGAUUUACAAUGUUUCUGUCUUCUCACUGGCAAAUGGCUGUCAGAGCGUGAAGAGCGGCGUGUCACAAGUGCAGACAGCUCCAUGCCCCCCUCAAAACGUAUCCACCCAAGUGCAGUGCACCCUGGGGUCCGUGCAGGUGAGCUGGAGCCCAGCGGUGAACGCCGACCAGUUCCGAGUGGCCUUGGUGGCGAACAGCACUGGUGUGAUUUCUUCAUGCAACAGCACAGGGACGCAGUGUUCCGUCAACAAUCUGCCCUGCAAUGAAAGAUUUAACCUCAGUGUGGUGGCAGUGAGGGGCAGCUGUCAGAGUCAACCCAGCAGCAGCCUUAUCGCCUCAGCUCCGUGCGCUCCUCAAGGGGUUAACGGUACCAUAGACUGUAUUACGAACUCCGCAUGGGUAUCAUGGAAUGAGAACAGUGGUGCAGAGUCGUACACUGUGCUAGCUGUAGGGGACGAUGGUGAUAAUUCCAACUGCUCCACCACAAACACCACCUGUAGUGUACCUGACCUAGGCUGCGGAAAAAGCUACAACUUCACCGUCACUGCAUCCAACACUGCCUGCCAGAGCACGCCCAGCACCAGUUUCCAGUUGGAGACGGCACCUUGUGCUUUGUCAUCCAUCGUGGCAGUGGCUAACUGCCACAGUAGCGUGAUCCAAGUACAGUGGCAAAGAGCGCAGAUAGGAAGUUCUCUCUACAUUGCAACAGCAGAGGGACAGGACCGUUCCCUCCUUUCCUGCAAUAGCUCCGCCUCUUCCUGUAACCUUACAAAUGUGCAAUGCGGUAUGGAGUACACAAUCAUUGUGGCUGCGUCCUCCAAUCGCUGCAGCAGCCUCCGCAGCCCACCCUACAAGAUAAGCACAGCCCCCUGUCAGCCCACAGCUGUAGAAGCCCAUACGGAAUGUCAGACAAACAAUGUGUUCGUGUCAUGGCAGUCUUCUUACGUGGCACGGGAGUAUGCACUUACCGUGGUCGGCAGAAGUGGAGAUAGACUGACAAACCGCACCGCGGACAGUAACUUCACACUGACCGAUCUACGCUGCGGCAACACCUAUUAUCUCUCCGUGUCGGCAAGUCAUGAGAACUGCACCAGCGUGCCCAGUCCAAACAUCACCUUUAACACCAUGCCAUGUAAGCCUGCCAACCUGACCUUAGGGGUGCAUUGUGGGAACAGAAGUGCCUCGCUAUCGUGGACGGGGACUGUAGGAGCAGUGUCCUACGUGGGACUUGCUCAGUCCGACAAUGGCACGACAAUUUACUGUCACAGCACCAACACAUCUUGCAGUUUGCAGGGCUUAGUGUGUGGCAUGGUGUACAACUUCACAGUCAAGGCGUCAGAUGGCAUCUGCAACAGUUCAUACAGUGACAGUUUAAUUGGAGGAGCAGCUCCCUGUCCUCCAGCUGGGUUUAGAGCGGUUCCUCGUCAGUUAUCGAAUGAUACUCAGAUCUUGAGGGCGUCCUGGUUUGCUGGGAACUGUCCUAAUUCUGAAUACCUCCUGCAAGUCAACGGUGGAAUUUUGGGCAACGCCCAGGCACUAUUUGAAGUCGCUUCCUAUUGGACGAGCCGCACAUUCUUUGAGAUUCCCCUCCCAUGUGGCUCCUCCUACAACGCAACCAUCAGGGCAAGGAACUUUGCAGGCUCCAGCGUCGAGUCCACCGCUGUCUCUGGAACCACAGUGCCUUGUGCCCCUGUAAACGUGACAUACUCUGCAGCGACGACUGUGGCUUGGAAUGCAUCCAUAUAUGCUACAAACUACACCGUCUACGGGGUCACCUUCUCUGGCAGGACAAGGCUCUGCAUGACCUCACAGCUCCUUUGCUCUGUCGGCAACAUCAGCAGCGGUCACAUCGUCGUAACUGCAAGCAACUCAGCUGGAGCGAGUGAAGACUCGUUGCCUGUUUUGGGUGAGUAUUUAAAUAUAGAGAGAACAACACUCAUUUGAUUGGUAACCUUUUUAGUGAUUUUUAUUGCAAAUAUAAGAUCUGUUAUAUUCAGGUGAGUUGUGGUUGUCAUUCAUUGCACAUCUUGCUUUGGUGAAAUUGUGUGACCUUUGACCUUGUCUAUCCUGUUGCAGUCACAGCAGGUCUCAGGAGGAGGUGAGACUCGUCAUAAAAAUGAGACGGGUAAGAUGAUGCUCAUCCCAAGCAGAAAAUAUUAAAGGUGUAAUACAUUUUAAAAAUAUAUAUUUUAAUAGUAAAUCCAUUCUUUUUUCACACAGGCCUGCUUAAAACGGAGUGCAUGUUCAUAAAUCAUCGCAACCAACCUCUCGCCUCUAAAGAAUUCCUGCAAGAAUUAGUGUAAAACUAUACUUCUGCAUGUAUAAUGUAUUGUGGUUCAAGGUUAACUUUAUAUGAUUUUAAAGUUAAGGGUAGAUCAACUUCACGGGAUUAAGCACUAUAACACUAUAGCUUUAAAAAAUAUUUUUCUGGCUGAAGGAUUUACUUUUUGUGUACUUUAGAUGCAAUGCCAAAUA